AUGGGGGUUACUAUGGGUAGUAUUAUCUUAUUUAAUCUUUGCAACAAUUCUGUGAAAUAGACACCUUCAUUCUCAGUUUACAGAUGAGAAACUGAAGGAUCAGAACAGUGAUGAGUAGUUGGCUAGGUGACUUUGGAUUUCUCCUCUCCUGUCAAUGACCACAGAGGGAGACAAUGAAUGAGGCAAAAGAAUCCCUUCGCAGCAUCGAGCAGAAGUAUAAGCUCUUCCAGCAGCAGCAGUUCACCUUCAUCGCUGCCCUGGAGCACUGCAGGGAGAACGCCCAUGACAAGAUCCGGCCCAUCUCCAGCAUCGGCCAGGUGCAGAGCUACAUGGAACACUACUGCCACAACUCGACAGACCGACGGAUUCUGCUUAUGUUCCUGGACAUCUGUUCGGAGCUGAACAAACUCUGCCAGCACUUUGAGGUCCUGCACUCUGGCACCCCGGUCACCAACAACCUCCUCGAGAAAUGCAAAACCCUCGUUAGCCAAAGCAAUGACUUGAGCAGCCUCAGAGCGAAAUACCCUCACGAUGUGGUGAACCACCUCAGCUGUGACGAGGCCAGGAACCACUAUGGAGGCGUGGUCAGCCUCAUUCCCAUCAUCAUAGACUUGAUGAAAGAAUGGGUCGCCCACUCGGAGAAGCUGCCCCGCAAGGUGCUGCAGCAUGUGAGUGAGCCCCAGGCACUCCAGGACACCUCCGGGGGAGCCACGCAUGCCACCGGCACCCAGCCUUGGUUCAGAAAAUACAAGUGUAGGCAGCUCACCAAAGACAGCCUCAGACCUAGGGGGAAAGACAAAGGAUGUUCCAAAGCUCCCUGGAGACCACCUGGUGGUAAAUUAUAACUCAAAGCCAGGGACCUGCCCCAUUGCAGGGGCAGAGGGGUUUUGUGAUUUAAUUCAGCUUCCACUGGUUGAUCCAUUUUCACUGGUGCCCAUAGUUGCUGCACUUAGUAACCUUAAAAAGGGGAUCAGCCAGUAUAAUACUGAGAAUCUCUCUCCCUUUCUUGCUUUCACUUCUAACAUUUCCACCUCAAGGCGUCAGGCUCUGUGCUGAAGAGGAAACCCACUUACACGAGUAGAGGGGUCCCAGGAAGGCUGGUCAUAAGGAAGGGCACUGAGCCUCCGUACCCACCACAGGCCCAGGCCCACCACAGUGGGCCAUCAUGCUAGAGAGGACCAUCUAGCUCCUUGUCCCCCACACCUGCACACCGUAGGCAAGGCUCACGUUCUUGUCUGUGGACAGGGAUGCUGCCCUCCGGGCUUGAGCGAGGGCCUCAGUGAGUUUAGUUCUCUGGACUGAAGGCAAAGGGGAUUGAGCCCAUCUCUCCCUCUCCUUUCCUUGAAAGAGACCAUGGCAGAAGCUGGAAGAAUUCUGAUUCCGUGGCCCCUGUACAAGGAUCACAACCUGGUUUUCAUGGCAUAGCUGAGCCCCAAGCAUUGUGAAAUGUGUCCCCAGCUACUGAGUUUGCCUUAAGUCAUGUCUGACUGUUGGUUUUUCCCU